CUGGGAUUUCCUUCGCCUCGAACUGCCCCUAGUUAUAUCGUGAGACUCCAACUUGCUUGCCCAGACCUAUCUGUUGUCGCUCAGUUUCGCUAGCCUUUGAUCUCUACUCUGGCUGGAUUUGCCGAAUUAACUCAUUAUCCAUAUUCAAAUGUUCCAUCCUCUGCGGCCAUGAUUUUUCGAUGGCUCCUGCUGGUGAGCUGCCUCCUUUUGGCUCUCAUCCCCCAUCAAAGUGCAGCGAAGAAGCCCGAUCAACCAAGUAUCACAGCAACACAAUUGGACCAUGAACCUUCUGCUCUCUUCUAUUUCGAGGACACGGAAACUGUUCUUAUGAGCCUGAGAAAUGGGGACUUUUUGCAGUCAUUUGAUGGGGGUGAUGAAUGGGAAGUGGUUGAGGGCGAAGACGGCAGCAUGAAGCACCAAGUCCUGUUCAUACGACAACAUCCCUUCGACAAGAAUAAGGCCUACGCCCUCGGUAGUAACGGACGUCACUUGGUCACCACGGACCAAGCAAAAACAUGGAGAUCAUUUGAUAUCGCCGAAUUUCCAGCCAUGCAGCAUGCUCCUCUCGUUUUCCAUGGGUGGGACUCGAGCAAAGUCAUAUUCCAAAGCGAAGAAUGUGCCGGGCUUUUCUGCAUUGUAAGGUCGUACUAUACGACAGAUGAUUUCAAGACACUCAAGCUCUUGCGAGAGAGUGCUGCGGGGUGUUCUUGGGCGGUAGGGCAUCCUGACUUUGCUGCAGACUUAGAUUCAUCCGAAGGUCUGAAGGACAGAUCACUGUGUGUUGUUCCGGGCUUAAAGGUCCCCUUCGGACAUGCCAACCGCCUGGUAUACUCAGACGAUUACUUUGUCAGUAACAUCGAGGGCACAGAGGUGAACUUGCACGAGGGCCGUCCUGUUUCCGGCGUGAUCAGCACGGCCGCAGUCAAGAAAUUCAUCGUGGCCGCAGUCAAGUCCAAGGGGACUGAAGAACUUGCUUUGUUUGUGACGACAGACACGGAUACCUGGCAUCGAGCCGAAUUUGAUGGGCAUCGAGUAGAGCAGGAUGCCUACACGAUGCUGGAGAGCACCAACUACAGCUUGCAAGUAGACGUCUUGACCAGCCCAUCUAGCAGCAUGGGCGUGCUUUUUACUUCCAAUUCGAACGGUACUUUCUUUAGCCGCAAUAUUGAGCACACCAAUCGCGAUAUGGAGGGCACCGUCGAUUUCGAGAAGAUUGCUGGCAUCCAGGGCAUAGUCAUGGUUAACACUGUGAAGAACCCGAAAGAGGUCGAGUCCGGAUCUGAAAAAAAGAUCAUCAGCAGAAUAAGUUUUGACGACGGGAGGAGCUUCCAACCUCUCAAGGUUGAUGACAAGAAUUUGCACCUACACUCGGUCACGACCUUCGCCAAUAUUGGUCGGGUAUUCUCAAGCCCGGCACCAGGGCUAGUCAUGGGUGUUGGCAAUACGGGUGAUCAUCUUCAAAAGUAUGCCGAUGGCGAUCUCUAUAUCUCAGAUGACGCCGGUGUCACUUGGCGCCAUGCUCUUGAUGGGCCACAUAAAUACGAAUUUGGCGACCAAGGGGCUGUUGUAAUGGCAAUCAGUGACAAUGGCAAAUCUAACAAGAUUAGUUUUUCCCUCGACCAUGGCAAGAUCUGGGAAUCGGUGGAGAUUGAGCAUAAGAUUUACCCUACGAUGGUCACAACGACACCGGACUCCACUAGCCUGAGGUUUAUUCUUGUCGGGAAGCGAAGCGAGGACAGCGGCCACGUCGUCUAUGCAAUCGAUUUUAAGGGCCUGCACGAGCGGAAAUGCGAAGAGAAUGACUUCGAGACGUGGCCAGCCAGGCUAGAUGAGAAUGGAGAGCCUGACUGCUUGAUGGGCCAGAAGCAAUUCUUCCGUCGUAGGAAGGCGAAUGCUGACUGUUUCGUGGAUGAGGAGUUCAAGGACCCCCAGCCAAUUAUGGAGCCAUGCAAAUGUACGAUCGAAGACUUCGAGUGCGAAUACAAGGGCAGCGAGGACGGCAAAGGCUGUAUCCCGGCUGUUUUGCCGACGCCCCCGGAAGGAAAAUGCAAGGACACUGAUACUUUCAUGGGACCCUCCGGUUGGAGAUUAAUACCUGGUGAUACCUGCAUCCGAGACGGCGGCAAAAAUUUGGACGAUGACAUUGAGUGGCCCUGCAAGGAUGCAGGCAAUGUGCCCACAACUGGCAAACCCAGCGUGGUAAAACAGUUCUUUGAUGCAAAGCAGUUCAGUGCCUACUACUACCUGGAACGUCAGUCAAGCAGUUCUGGGAACGAUGAGACCGUCGUCAUGCUCACCAGUGAACACGCAUUCUAUGUAUCGCAUGAUCAUGGCAAGACGUGGGAGCAGUCGCUGAAAGGCGAGAAAGUCCGCAGAAUUGUUCCUCAUCCUUACAAUAGUGAUGGCGCUUUUCUCCUAACCGAUGGCAUUGAAGGCUUUUGGACAGUCGACCGCGCCCAAUCGUUCAAACCUUUCAAGGCACCAGCGCCCCCCACCGAAGAACGUCUCUUAACCCUCUCAUUUCAUCCCCAAUAUAAAGACUGGUUGAUCUGGACAGGGGCCGUGGACUGUGGAUCUAAUGACUGCCACUCCAAUGCCUACCUCAGUAAAAACCGUGGAGAGAAUUGGGAACUGCUUCGUCGCUACGUUCAGAAGUGCGAAUUUGAAAGCAGGGAAAACCGCGCAGAUAGCAUGAAUCUUAUCUUCUGUGAGCAAUUUGAGAAUGAGAACAGGAACAAUCGGCUACAGCUGAUGUCUAGUGACAACUGGUUCUCCGACUGGCAUGUCCAUUUCGAGGACGUCAUCAGCUAUGCUACAAUGUCUGAGUUCAUUGUUGUGGCUUCACGAAAUGCGGAUAAGCCAGGCUCCUUGGUGGCUAGCAGCAGUGUGGAUGGUAGGACAUUUGCAGAGGCGCAGUUCCCUCCAAAUGUCAAUGUUCCCGUUCAAACGGCCUAUACCGUGCUUGAAAGUUCUACGCAUGCAGUUUUCCUGCAUGUUACUGUAAGCAACUCGGAGGGGGUCGAGUACGGAUCAAUCAUCAAAAGCAACAGCAACGGCACCUCCUAUGUGCUCAGCCUCAGUGCGGUGAACCGGAACCGCCGCGGGUAUGUCGAUUUUGAAAAGAUACAAGGCAUGGAAGGUGUGGCAGUUGCGAAUGUCGUCAGUAAUGUGGAUAAGCUGCCGGACGGUGAAACCAAGAAGCUAAGGACGAUGAUUACUCACAAUGACGGAGGCCGAUGGACCUUACUUGCUCCCCCAAUAAAAGAUGCAGAUGGCAAGAAGUUCGGGUGUUCUGUCGAAGGUCAAGGCAUACCUGGCUGCUCGCUCCACCUUCAUGGCUAUACGGAACGCAGAGACGAACGGGACACAUUCUCUUCCAGUUCAGCGAUUGGUCUGAUGAUGGGGGUUGGCAAUGUUGGCGACCAUCUCGGUGAGGCAGAGGAGGCAGACACAUUCAUUACUCAGGAUGCUGGCUUCACCUGGAAGUCUGUCAAGAAGGGCAAAUAUAUAUGGGAGUUUGGUGAUGCCGGUUCCGUGAUUGUGAUUGUGCCUGAGUCUAAGCCAACCCAAACUCUAUCCUACAGCAUUGACGAGGGAAACACAUGGAUAGACUUUGUCUUUUCAGACGUGGAAAUGCAGAUUGACGAUAUUUCAACUGUUCCUUCUGACACUUCGAAGAGCUUUCUCCUUUGGGGCAAAGAGUUGAAAUCGGACUAUCGAGACAAGCUCGCCACUGUCAGCGUUGACUUUAGUGGACUCCGUUCCACCUCAUGCAAAUUGGAUGAGAGUAGAGCGGAGAGCCAUGACUAUUACAUUUGGGAACCAAAACAUCCGUAUGUGGACAAUGGCUGUUUGUUCGGCCACGUUGAGCAAUACCACCGCAAAAAGCCUUCGGCUCAAUGUUGGAACAAUUGGCGGGAACCUCACGUUCACAGCAUCGGGAAGAAUUGCACAUGCACGUGGGCUGAUUAUGAAUGUGACUAUAACUAUGAACCUUUGAGUGAUGGAAGCUGUAAACUUGUUGACGGACUUUCUCCUCCCGACGCCAAGGCCGUUUGCAAGGACGACCCUGAUAGAAUCGAGUACUGGGAGCCCUCGGGAUAUCGACGUCUUCCUCAAUCAACGUGCGAGGGCGGGCUACAAUUGGAUCAUGUCGAAUCCAAACCUUGUCCUAACAAAGAGGAAGCGUAUAAGAAGAAGCACGGUAUUGGCGGUGUCGGUCUGUUUUUCGCGAUCAUCACCCCAAUUACUGUGGCAAGCGCCAUCGGUUAUUAUGUCUAUACCAGGUGGGACGGCAAGUUUGGCCAAAUUCGCCUUGGAGAGAAUGUUGGCACCUCCCAGGGUCUGCUAUCGCGAGACUCUUUGCUUCUCACAGUACCGGUUGCGAUAAUCGCGGGCGCUGUGGCCAUCACAAGGGCGCUUCCGCUCCUGGCUUCAAGUCUCUGGCGAAGCGCUAGUGGCUACGUGCGUCUAGGACGCAACAGGGGGUACUCAAGGCCAUAUGCGUCUCGUGGAUCAUUUGCCGCCCGACGCGGCGACUACACUGGCGUUGUUGAUGACGAAGAUGAGCUCCUUGGUGUUGAAGACCUUGAAGCGGACGAAGAAGACGAGCUCUAGUGGCGUACCUCGUCCUGCACCUAUUCGGCAAAAUCUUAUGUCGCACCCAUGAGGUUAUGUUAUAUUACGAGAACAUCAUGUAUUGGAAAUUUGCUUCUAUGUAUACGCUGCUGGCGUUCCGCGUUCAUUUAUUGUUCUAGCCUAUUUGGUAUACACGCCCCGUGGUAGAGUAAUUCGAGUCGACUUUGGAAUCGUUAGUGCGGGUGGGGG